AUCAAAAAUAUAGUAAUUAUUUACAUUUUGAACACGUGUGGGUAAAACACUGACUAUCAUCUUUGUUUUAGCACAUGUUACUGUUGAUGCAUUUUUACAUCGGAAACGUAGUGUGUUUGAGUUACGGUUAGUUUGACAGUUCAUCUUCGAGUCCGUGUGCGUGUGUCUGUUCCUAUUUAAAAAGCGCACACAGUGACAUUCCCCCGCAGUUUGACUCCUGAAGACAUACCGUGGAUAAAGAAUGGAUUGUUCAGAGGAGGUUCAGUCUGUGACCGAGGAGGCGAGCACUGAGCUGGAGCUAAAAAAGGGAAUGUCCAUUUUCAUUGAUAUUUUACGGAGAGCUGACAAAAACGACGAUGGAAAACUCUCCUUCGAUGAAUUCAAAGCCUACUUCUCUGACGGAGUCCUGACAGCUGAGGAACUGAAGGAGCUCUUCCACACAAUCGAUACCCAUAACACGGACAACGUGGACACAGAUGAACUCUGUGAGUAUUUCUCCCAGCACCUCGGUGAAUAUGAGAACGUGCUGGCUGCCUUAGAGGACCUGAACAAAUCCAUACUGGCAGCCAUGGACAAGACAAAGAAGGAUUACCAGGAGUCCACCCACCUGGAGCAGUUCGUAACCCGUUUCCUGCUCAAGGAGACGACCAAUCAGCUUCACUCGCUUCAGAGCUCGCUGGAGUGUGCGAUGGAAACCACAGCUGAGCAGACUCGGCAGGAGAAACUGGGUCCAGUGAAGCCCGAGGUUCUGUCCAUCCAAUGGUCCGGUCGUCGCUCCAACCGACGCCUCCAGAGGAACAACAGCCUGUCUCCCAAUAACCCGCUGCUAAGUCUUGUCAACUCAGGUCUUUAUGAGGAUGAAGGUCAGUGGACGGUCCAGGUCAACAGACUGCAGAAGCUCAUUGACCGUUUAGAACAAAAGGAGAUUCGUCUGGAGCCUGCAGAGGAGGAAGUGCUGGAAAGCAAAUCGCACAUCCUAAUAGUCCAGCGGCAGCUCUCAGUGCUGGAGGAAGAGCUGGAGGAGUUCCGUUUGGCCCUCAGACAGUACAUGGAGUGUGCCUGCGCCCAGACUGGAAGUCUCCACAUUGCAGUUCAGCGGCUGGCCAAUGAGUCACGCUUCAUUCUCUAUGAAUUCUGGGAGCACAACAACGUGUGGAAGAAUCACCUGCAGACCAACUACAGUAAAACCUUCCAGAGGGGGAAUGUGGACUUCCUGGAAACACCUGAGACCAUAACCACCAUGCUGGUUCCAGCCUCAUGGUGGGUCCUCAACAACAACUGAAACAUCACCGAUCACCACUGACUUGUACAGAGAGCAGUCACCUGUGAACACAGCAGGAAGUCGUCACGCUGUCCACACACACACACGCACUCACACACGCAAACACUCAAACAUGCCAGAACACAACUAGAGAAGUCAAGGUGAUUAGUGCUGGUUUUACGACCUCAGUGUUCCUUCAUAGUUUGGUAGUAGAUGUGU